AUGAACGCAAGUGACUACAUCAUUGCAGGAGACGUCAACGCAAAAAGUGUCUGGUGGGGAUGCGAUGCUGACGAUAAAAGGGGUUCUCAAAUAAUGGAGACAGUGGCUGAAUUAAAUCUAGAAAUCCUCAAUACUGACAGCAACCCAACAUUUGCAGUUUAUAGGAUGGGCAAGCUUUGCUCCAGUAUCAUAGAUAUAACAGUGUGUUCAGCUUCUUUAAUAAACAAGAUCAAAAAUUGGAGAGUUGAUGAAACAUUUAGCACUUUGUCAAGCCAUAAACCAAUAUUAUAUGAGCUUAAUCCACAGAAUUUUACACCACAAAAGACAAUUACCAGCACGCGAAAGUUUGAUACUAGGAAAGCGAACUGGGAAGUAUUCAAACAAGAACUAACGACAGAAUCAAGUAGCAACCAAAUAAACAAGGAAAUUAUAGGACAAAUUAAGACAACACAAGAUUUGGACAUAAUGGUAGAUAAAUAUACGCAAUGCAUUUCAGCGGCAUGUUCUAAAGCAAUCCCAUUAAUUAAACCUAAGAAAGCAAAGAAAGCAGCAAUAUGGUGGACUAAAGAACUUACACUUAAGAAAGAGGAGAUGAUUAGGAUAAGACGAAGAAUUCGGAACGCGCACCCUAAGAGACGAAAUUUUGUCAUAGAUCUCUAUCUCAAAGCAAGAGAAGAAUAUAUCCACAGCAUAGAAACAGCUGCAACACAAAGCAAUGAAGAAGCAGAUGCAGCAGACAAAAGCGCGGCAACCUCCCACCGAUCUUAUGAAUUUCUCAAAUUCCCAAUAAGCCAUGUAAAAUAUUUAAAUCGACAACAAGCCAUUAAAGGAACAGAAAACUUUUACUUUGAAAGUGACAAAGGCAUAUAUACCAAAUCUCUAUGUCCUACUUAUGAGCAACUCACCCUAACUGUUAAAGCACUGGCACCUAAUUUUGCUAUAACUCAGUAUCUUAGCAAUCAUGGAUAUCACAAGGAAUAUCUUCAUCGUUUUAAAAUAACCAAUGAUAAUAAAUGCCCAUGA